AUGGCUCCAGAAGCCCACUCCUGCAACGUCAGCAAAAGUUCUGACCAAGGACAAGUACUCCGAUGGUGCAUUCUUAUCAUAUGGGAUGAGUGCACAAUGGCUCACAGAGGAGGCUUAGAGGCAUUAGAUAGAGCUCUGAGGGAUAUACAAGGCAGUCAGGUUCCAAUGGGCAGUGCAAUGCUUCUACUGUCAGGUGACUUAAGACAAUCUCUUCCUGUCAUUCCUAAAGGUACGAGGGCAGAUGAAGCACAAGCAUGCCUUAAGUCCUCACUGUUGAGGCAUCAUGUUAUGACGCUUACGCUAUCCACAAAUAUGAGAGCCCGACUUUAUGGUGAUCGAACUUCUUCCCAGUUUGCUAAAGAAAUUUUGGAACUUGGUGAUGGUAAGGUGCCUUUGGAUGCAGGUGAACUAGACAUCUCGCCACUUUGUACCAUUGUAUCUUCUAUCAAUGAACUAAAGGACAAGGUGUUCCCAAAUUUUCAGGAUAACUACUACAAUCUUAACUGGUUGUAUGAAAGAGCAAUACUUACUCCUAAGAACACCACCAUAAGCAAGUUGAAUGAUCAACUCCUCCAUUCUCUACCUGGAAAUCAUCGAACAUUUAAGUCAAUUGAUACCAUGAUAGACAACAAUGAGGCAGUUAAUUAUCCUACCGAAUUUCUUAACACAUUGGACCCUCCAUGCCUUCCUCCACAUACAUUACAGCUGAAAGAAGGGAUUCCAGUAAUGCUACUUCAGAAUUUGGAGCUGCCAAAACUAUGCAACGGAACACGACUGGUUGUUAAAAAAGCCACAUAA